GUGGGGCUCAUCACCAACAGCAUCUCAGGCACACUGGCCGACUACCUGAAGGCCCACAGAACUGUUUUCAUUACCAGCCUCACUUUCCUGACGGUGGGACUGACGACCAUGUACUGGCUGCCUCCCGUGCCCUCCUACGACGGGGCGGAGGCGUCCUUCGGCCACCCCGCCGCCAACAACCUCACGUCGUCUGCUCUGGCUGAGCUCAACUUGGGCGCCCUCGAUGACGGGAGGAGCAACCAGACGCAGCUCUCCUUGGAGGAAAUCCUCGAGAGCGACUCGCUGUUCCUGGUGGACCCCGAGAUGGUGGUCGAGGAGGGCCACGCGUUGCCGCCGGACCCCAAGACGGCGACGAAGGAGGGAACCGUCCAUGACACAUCUUCGUUCAGCUCUACCAUCUCCAUGCUCAUGCAGUUCCCUCAGUUCUGGCUCGUGUUCUUCGCCCUCAUGCUCGAGCAGAUGGGCCUCACCACCUGCGUUAUGAUCUCCGACGCCGUCUGCUUCCAGAUCCUCGGCUCCGAAAGACACAAGUACGGCCAGCCAACGGCGCUGGUGGACCUCUACUCAAGGGGCCUCCCGCAGCAAGACUUCCUGCCGAUGAUCAUCAUGGCCCUGGUGAUCAUGUCCAUGGAUCUGACGGUCGUGGCGCGCAUGGACAUUCCGCAGAACAAGAAGGAAAAGCUGAAGAUGGGCGACGUCGGCAGCGCCCUCGUCCACCCGCAGGUCCUGCUCUUCCUGGUGACGGUAUACGUUGUGGGGACUAUCGUGGGUCUUUUGUGGGUGUUCAAACUCAUGCCACUUAGAAGACGUGGCUCUGGCUUGGGAUUCGGGUUUCUCCAAUCUCAAACUGCUGCAGGAUAUUGA